CUGGCUGCUCCGGGGGGGAACUGCGCAGUCCUACGCGGAGGAAACGGGGACGGCUCUUGGCAAGGCAGCAAGUGACAACGUUUCGUCGCCUGUCCUUACCUAAUUGAACACGGUGCAUGGAAGCAGUGCAAGCAUAUCGGCGCAAAGACGUAUUUUAUAGCUGCAUGAGUUUUACCGUGAAUCGCGAAGGCUAGCGAUAAGUAGACGCCUCCGUCUCCAAGAAGCAGGAACAGGAGGAAGAAGUGACAACCCCGUGUACAGUGUGAAAUUUCUUUUAGCUAACUGGUUAGCUAGUUUGCGCAGAAUCGUCAGCUAGCUACUACAAGUUUAUUGCGAUGUCGGAGUCUGCGGGGGACGGGAAGCUGGAGAUGAAACAGGCGAGUAAAGAAGUCAAGGAGAGCGAGAACGUGGCGGAGAAAUACUCGGCGAUGACAGUGAGCAAGAACAGCGACAUGAGCAUGGGAGAGCUGUCCUCCGCGUUCAACGCUGUCACCACUCACAAACCUGUCAAGAAGCAAAUCCAGUUUGUGGAGGACAAGCAGGAGUUCAGCAGGUUCCCCACCAAGGCGGGGCGCCGGUCCCUGUCCCGCUCCAUCUCCCAGUCCUCCACAGACAGCUAUAGCUCAGCUGCCUCCUACACUGACAGCUCGGAUGAUGAGACCUCCCCCAGGGACAAGACCCAGGUCAACUCCAAGGGCACCAGUGAUUUCUGCGUGAAGAACAUCAAGCAGGCAGAGUUCGGCCGCCGUGAGAUCGAGAUCGCUGAGCAAGAUAUGUCCGCGCUGAUCUCCCUCAGGAAGAGAGCCCAGGGGGAGAAGCCAUUAGCCGGGGCCAAGAUCGUGGGCUGCACUCACAUCACAGCCCAGACUGCUGUCCUGAUCGAGACGCUGGUAGCUCUUGGCGCUCAGUGUCGCUGGACGGCCUGUAAUAUCUACUCCACCCAGAACGAGGUGGCUGCCGCCCUGUCUGAGGCAGGGGUGUCCGUUUUCGCCUGGAAGGGGGAGUCAGAGGACGACUUCUGGUGGUGCAUCGACCGCUGUGUCAACAUGGAGGGCUGGCAGCCCAACAUGAUCCUUGACGACGGCGGGGACCUGACCCACUGGGUGUACAAGAAGUAUCCCAACGUCUUCAAGAAGAUCCGGGGCAUCGUGGAGGAGAGCGUCACAGGGGUGCACAGGUUGUACCAGCUGUCCAAGGCCGGGAAGCUUUGUGUCCCAGCCAUGAAUGUCAACGACUCUGUCACCAAGCAGAAGUUUGACAACCUCUACUGCUGUAGGGAGUCCAUCCUGGACGGUUUGAAGAGGACCACUGACGUGAUGUUUGGCGGAAAGCAAGUGGUGGUUUGCGGUUAUGGAGAGGUGGGAAAAGGUUGCUGCGCAGCCCUGAAGGCCCUGGGUGCCAUCGUCUACAUCACGGAGAUCGACCCCAUCUGCGCUCUGCAGGCCUGCAUGGACGGUUUCAGAGUGGUCAAGCUGAACGAGGUCAUUCGCCAGGUGGACGUCAUCAUCACCUGCACAGGGAAUAAAAACGUGGUGACCAGGGACCAGCUGGACCGGAUGAAGAACGGCUGCAUCGUGUGUAACAUGGGCCACUCCAACACCGAGAUCGAUGUGGCCAGUCUGCGGACCCCAGAGCUCACCUGGGAGAGGGUGCGCUCGCAGGUUGACCACGUCAUCUGGCCGGAUGGCAAGAGGGUGGUCCUGCUGGCAGAGGGUCGUCUUCUGAACCUGAGUUGCUCCACCGUGCCCACGUUCGUCCUGUCAAUCACAGCCACAACACAGGCCCUGGCUCUUAUCGAGCUCUACAAUGCGCCAGAGGGACGCUAUAAGCAGGACGUCUAUCUGCUGCCCAAAAAGAUGGAUGAGUACGUCGCCAGCUUGCACCUGCCCACCUUUGAUGCCCAUCUGACAGAGCUGUCAGAUGAGCAGGCCAAGUACCUGGGCCUGAACAAGAAUGGACCCUUCAAGCCCAACUACUACAGAUACUAAUUUUUGCAAAUGGACCACAAUGCCAUGCCACACUCCAGACAGGGAGAAAGCCUGGACUACCCUGAGAGAGUACUUUUUUAUGAGAUACUUCCUAAUAGAAAUGAUAAUUUUAGGAAAAAAAGCUAAUUCCCUAGAGCUGAAUAUCUUAUCUGUUUCACUUGCGCUUUUGUAAAUGAAGUAAAUGGCCUUCAGUUUGUCAGACAAGUUACCGCGUACAUGCGCACACCCUCACCCCUGACACCCCUGCAGUCAAACUGACGUGUACAGCCACCGCGAUUAGCAAACGUCAGUCACGCGCUAAACCUCAGCCUCCCUCUCUCCUUCUCCUCCAGAUUUCUGUUUUUUUACUAAUCUUCCCGCUUCUCUUUGAAUUUUUUUAAUCUUACAAAGGUGAUUAUUUGCUAACAGUCCCGAAGAGGUGCCAAAUGAUAGGGGGUAGCGUGGGGGGUGGGGUCGUGAUUAGAUAAUUUGCUUUCUGCUUUUGAAGUCUGCACUUUCAUCUCCAAAAAUACAUUCCAUGGGUUGCUGGGGGUGGGGUGCCAGUCUGGGAACGGCACCUUCGAUCACAAACCUUGUACGUUCUCCAAAAUGUUCCAUUCCAAAGCUUAUUUACCAAAAUUAGACAACUUUUCACCUUGUUGGUCUGUGGAUUCAUCUACAUGGGUAAUCUCUUCCUUACAGUUCCGUAGGCUGUAUAAAAUGCUGGUCCAUCAAGAAUACAGAUGAGCACAUCUUAAUUGUUUGAUCAGUUCUCUGCAUUUCUCAGUGAACUGAUCCUAGACUGAUCAGUCGUGUUUAAGCAAAAGAAUGUGUUAAGAAGCACCAGGGAGAAAAAGUGCUGAAAUACUUUGUAUGUACAAAAUACUUAGUCAAGUGGAGGCUUGUUUCCACCCAGGGAUAGCCUGCUCCAGGCAACCACUGAAGUACAUCUAAAAAAAGUUGCCUCAUAUGUGCUUUUCAUUUUCCAUGAUCUUCUGGUUACUACAGUUCCAAACCAGGAAUACAAGUAAAUUCCUUUUGCAUAGCAGUAAGAGCCAUUUCAGAUUUUACUGGUGCCGGCUCUCAGAAAAGAUUAUACUGAUGUAAUGAGUAUAAAGCCAAUAUACACAAAACCAUCAGGUCUCAUGGUUCAUACUAA